AUGGGCCAAUCAUCUUCCAGAUCCAGACCCAGAUCAGUCAAACCCGCCGUGAUCUCCCCGUUGCCGUCAGAUUCCGAUAGACCAGAGGAUAUCACUUCCGACACGGAUGACGCCAUCAGUGGGAAUGACUACACGUUGAACCUGCCAGAAGAAUGCCUGGCCUGCAUUUUCCAGUCGUUAUCCUCCGCCGAUCGGAAUCGAUCUUUCGGGGCCAAAGGCAUGAAUGCCUUGCUCAAUAAUUGUGAGUCCCUGGAAGAAUUAUCGGUGAAGCGAUUGACUGGUGGUGUUGGGACCGAGCCCAUCGGACCGGGAAAGGCUGCUGGAGCUUUGAAAGUUAUUUGUUUGAAAGAUCUUUACAAUGGGCAGUGUUUCGAGCCUUUGAUUAUUGGGUCGAAUAACUUGAGGAGUUUGAAGCUGUUCAGAUGUCCUGCUGAUUGGGACAGUUUGUUGGUAGUGAUAGCAAAUCGAAUUACUGGGCUUGUGGAGCUUCAUCUAGAGAAGCUUCAGGUCAGUGAUCUCGGGCUCUCUGCCAUUUCGAAUUGUGUGAAUCUUGAAAUAUUGCAUUUAGUGAAAAUCCCUGCUGGUACUAAUGCUGGACUUAUGGCUGUUGCGGAAAAAUGCAAGCUGAUAAGGAAACUGCAUAUUGAUGGAUGGAAAACGAAUAGAAUAAGUGAUGAUGGAUUAAUUGCCGUUGCAACUCAUUGUCCUAGUUUGCAAGAGCUGGUUCUGAUUGGUGUGAAUCCCACGAAGUUGAGUUUAGAGAAGUUGGCGAUACAUUGUCAGAACUUGGAAAGAUUAGCAUUGUGCGGGAGUGAUACCGUUGGGGAUGCAGAGAUGUGGUGCAUAGCUGCAAAGUGUACUGCAUUAAAGAAGUUGUGCAUAAAGAGUUGUCCAGUAUCGGACCAUGGCAUCGAAGCAUUCGCUGGUGGGUGUCCCAAUUUGGUGAAAGUGAAGUUUAAGAAGUGUAUAGGGGUGACUUCUGAGGGAGCGGAUUGGUUGAGAGCAAGUAGAGGUUCUCUUGCUGUGAAUUUGGAUGCCAUGGAGCCAGAAAUACAGGAUGCCUGUGCUAGUGAGCAAGAAGCUAGUGGUAUUGGAAUUCCACAAACAGAUGACCAAACUAGGGGUAUUAAUACUGCAGCAAGCAAUAGCGGGAUGCAAAUGUCUUUUAAGGUGAGGCUAGGGCUUUUAAGGGGGAGGAGCUUGGUGGCUUCCAAAUUGAGGCGUUGGUCAAGCUUUGGUGGCAGUUCCCGGAAUAAUUUGGGAAGGACUUGA